AUGGUAUUUAUCCAGAAUGUUUUAGGUAAUAUAAUUUUUCAGAAGCUAUUCAUUAAAAAAUCUGCUGGUCUACAUGAAGGGUUACCAGAAAAGGGAUCAGCUACAAAUAAUAAAGGGAAUCCUGAUUUCCUUUAUCAUCCUGAUAAAACAUCCGGUAAUUGUCAACGUAAUCAGAAACUUCCAUCUUCUGAUUCCGAUACGAUACUAAAAACAGCUGUUGAUAUGGAUAAAAAUAUUGCAAACGAAAAAUUGAUAACAGCAGGUGAUGCAAGCAAAUCAUCAUCUGCUGUUGGUUCCUACAAACGAUCACAAUCACCGGAUACGAUGCUAGAGUGUGCAACAUCUAACAGCUUUAUCAGUCCUCGAUGCAGCCACCAGUCAAUUACAGUGAUUUCCGACUACAGUUCCGAUCUUUCAUUUUUCGGAAUGAAAAGUAUGAUGUCUGUACGCAAAUCAAAUAAUACUUUGGUAGAAUAUUGGUGGGAUUUAACACCUCAGAAUAUUCAUACGAUUGUGAUCAAUUAUCUCUAUGAUAAUGAUAAUGGGCGGUGCAAUCAAUGUUGGACAUUUUUUGAAAAGAAAUUAGGUAUUUCACGAGUGACUGUAUUUUACAUUUUAAGCGGCAUGUAUUUUUUAUACAUUUUAAGUGGAGACCUGGCAAAACUUCUGUAUUAUGCUAUGGGCGUUGGAUAUCCUAUGUAUAAAACACACAUUACAUUUGAAAAUCGUGGACUUGAUGCAUGUAGAAGUUGGCUUAGAUACUGGAUUGUUUUUGGUUGGGUAGCAUUAUUGGAUGUGUUUUUUUAUCAUUAUCUAAAACAUUGGACAGUGUAUUGGUCAAUUAAAGUUAUCAUUACUACCUAUUUAUUAAUGCCAUUAGUCAAAGGAGCUGAUUUAAUUUAUCGUGAUUUUAUCAAAAAUUUUAAUAAGAAUAUCGAACGAAACGCUAAAAUUGAACGUAAAAACAUUGAUCUUACACCGCUGAAAAAAGCCAAUGUUCCUAUUUUCUUUAUUGUUGGUGGUCCUGGAUCUGGCAAAGGAACCCAGUGUGAUAAAAUUGUAGCAAAAUAUGGCUUAACUCAUCUUAGCUCGGGUGACUUGUUACGUGCUGAGGUGAAAUCCGGAUCGCCACGCGGAUCGGAGCUCAAUAAAUUAAUGCAAAAUGGUGAACUUGUUCCAUUGGAAAUAGUGUUAGAUUUGGUUAAAGAAGCUAUGAUUGAAGCGAUAGCAAAAGGUUCCAAAGGUUUUUUAAUCGAUGGUUAUCCACGAGAAGUGAAACAAGGAGAGCAAUUCGAAAAUGAAAUUCAGCCAGCUAAAUUGGUGUUAUUUUUCGAUGUCAGUGAAGAUACCUUGGUUAAGCGUUGCUUGCAUAGAGCGGAAACAAGUGGACGAGUAGAUGAUAAUAUUGAUACGAUUAAAAAACGACUUCAUACCUAUAUAACUGCAACCGCUCCAGUUGUCGAUUACUAUGAAAAGCAGGGGAAGUUGAUAAAGAUUCCAUCAGAAGGAGCAGUGGAUGAAAUUUUCAAGGUUGUUCAACAACAUCUCGAUAAGGCUGUAGUUUAA